AUGGCUGCUUCGUCAUCAUUGUUUUCAUUUUCAUCUCAAGGAAUUAUAUCAUUUCACAAAACAACGACGUGCUAUAGAGACUUCAGGAGCAGUUAUCGAGAUGUUACCUGUAAAGAAUCUGGUUACUUCGACUCCACGUGCCUUACACAGUCAAGGUUGUUACCCAAUGAGGCAUUAUCAAAAUGUGAACAGGCUGCAAAAUUCGCACAGAAGAAUGACAUUCUGUACCAUGCAUUGAAAGUUGAAAAUUUAUAUGCCUUUUCGACAGGGAAGAAGUUUCAACUGGAUGAUGUGAUUGAAGCUCAACAGUUUGAUAGAGAUAUUCUCAAUGCUAUUUUUGGAGUUGCACGUGGUAUGGAGUAUAUUGAGAAGAAUUCACAGGGAAGCCAAAUUCUUAAGGGUUAUCUUAUGGCUACUCUCUUUUAUGAACCCUCCACUAGAACUAGACUUUCAUUCGAGUCAGCCAUGAAACGGUUGGGUGGCGAAGUUUUGACUACUGAAAAUGCUAGGGAGUUUUCUUCAGCAGCUAAAGGAGAAACUCUUGAAGAUUCUAUAAGAACUGUUGAAGGUUACUCGGAUAUAAUUGUAAUGCGUCACUUUGAAAGUGGUGCAGCGAAAAGAGCUGCAGUAACUGCUGGCAUUCCUAUAAUUAAUGCAGGAGAUGGUGCUGGACAACAUGCAACACAGGCUCUUUUAGAUGUGUUCACUAUUGAAAGAGAGAUAGGAAAGCUGGAUGGAAUUAAAGUUGCACUUGUUGGUGAUCUUGCUAAUGGAAGGACAGUGCGUUCAUUGGCAUACUUGCUUGCAAAGUAUAAUGAUGUGAAGAUCUAUUUCGUAUCUCCUGGUGUGGUUAAAAUGAAGAAUGAUAUAAAAGAUUAUUUGACAUCAAAGAAUGUUGAGUGGGAAGAAAGUGCUGAUUUGAUGGAAGUUGCUUCCGAGUGUGAUGUUCUUUAUCAAACUCGUGUUCAGCGUGAACGGUUUGGAGAAAGGAUCGACCUCUAUGAAGCCACUCGAGGCAAGUACACUGUGGACCGUCAUGUUUUAGAUGUGAUGCAGAAGCAUGCUGUGGUCAUGCACCCUCUGCCUAGACUUGAUGAGAUUACUUUGGAUGUCGAUGGGGAUCCAAGAGCAGCCUAUUUCCGACAAACAAAGAACAGCCUAUACAUUAGGAUGGCGCUUUUGCAACUCUUACUAUGUACAUUAUGCAUGUUCUGUUCAAUAACAAGGUACGUCCAUAUCUUUGAUUCUUCACUUGUCUAUCAGGUACAUAAUGCAUGUUCUGUUCAAUUACAAGGUACGUCCAUAUCUCUUUGUUUGAAUCUAGGUUAUUAGACUAUGUCUAACUCAGUUAGCAAACACGUAACAACAUUUUCUAUGAAUAAUACCCGGCAAAGUAGAACAACUGAACAAGUACAGAAUGCCUGGCGUUGUGCUCUGAAAAUGAAUUGAAAACGAACACAGCCUAAAAUCUUUCCAACUACAGAACGUAAAAAGAUGAAGAGAGAGCUAUAUUUUGAACAAAUAUAUUACUCAACAUUAAGAGUUGCAAACAUUUGCGAGUCCAUUUUUCAAUUGUUCCAACACCCUAUA